GGUAACGCCACGUACUGCUCCUCACUACCUCAUCAUACAAGGCUAAACGCAAACCUACUAAAUAUUGCAGUUGCAGGUGCUCAUACAAUAAGAUUUGACCGUUACUAGAUCUAUUCAUGAUGUCUGACGAACGUCUACAGGGGAAAGCUGAAAAACGUAAGCUAAGUGAUCCAUUCGACGAUGUGGCUUGGAAAAUUAUGGGAAAAAUGGGUUAUGAACAUGGUCAAGGCUUAGGUAUGCAUGCACAUGGUGUAGUGGAACCAGUUGCAUUAAGUAAACAAAAAGGUCGAAGUGGUCUUGGCCUAUUGGGCACAACUUCAUCAAGUGAUAAAAAGAUUGAAUCAUUCACUGGUGAAGUAUAUCAUUCAACCAAUCCAGAUUUAGUUUGGCAUCAAGGUUGUGAUGAUGAUUAUAUCACAGCAGAUGGCGAUCGUAUAUGGUCAUGGUCAAUUGAAAAUAAACAUACAACCAACACUGCCACUGCCAAUGCUAUUUUAUCGGAAUUGCAAUCUUUCAUUCUUAGUCCAGAUGAACCGGAAGCUUUAGGUCCACCAAUUGAAAAAUUGGAUAAAGAAGACAAAUUCUGUUCCAUACAUCUUGUUCAAGAACUUUUAAAUUAUAAGGUUAGUUGA